AUGGGCGAAAGAAAACUUCUAUCCAUACCCUUCUACCCGGAUGAACUUGAAGAGAACGAGGAUUCGGAGGAGACCGAGCCAGAGAGGGGAUCCGAAUCGAAGCAUUGCGAAUGCUGCUUCUUCAACUGGGCCAAGUGCGAUCCUGAGUCAGUUUCGGAACGAACACUUUCCCGGGAUCUCGAGGAUAGCCUUGAUUCGAGUUCGACAUGGGCCGCUGCUACUCACGUCACUUUCCUGGACCUUGACGGAGAUACGCUAGUCAACGACGAUGUGGUUGAACGCGGAAUAACCUAA